AUGCACCGUCGGAUGCAUUGAGCUUUGGGUCUAAUGUCGUAAACAAGAUUUUCACGGACAGAUUUGUCAAGAGAGCCACUGUUUUUGGUCUAGCUAAUGUUUGCAAAACAACAAAAUGCAAACGCUCCGGGAGGAAAAGGGUCCUCCUCUUCCUCUGUCGUCUAUGCGUCUUUUUAUUCCUCCACUGCGCCUGGUGUGUGCAGCUCUGUGGCAGGUUGUAGAGCGGAGAGACAUCAUGGACUAUGGGCUGCUGGAGGAGUUUGCCACCAGCGUGUUGGACAUAGUCCCUGAACUGAUGACUUACAGAGAGAGGGUCCAACUCCUCAUGGGACUGAGAGCACGGCUGGUUCUGGAGUUGUGUCGCUGUGAUGAUGAGCUGUGUCGCCCUGAUACUGUCCAGCCACACCUGAACAGGAUAAGGAGCUGUGUCUCCAAUCAGAAGGGAGAGGUUUCAGAUCCAAAGGUGGAAGCAUCAGAGGCCAGCUUCAUGAAGCUGAUUGAAACCCUACUGGAGCAACCAGAGGAGAGGGAACUCUUCUUUCAGAAUGUUUUUCCAGAGGAGUAUGGCCCCAAGUAUGACUCAACACUGCAGAUUCUUGUGUGGGAGUUCCUGUCCAGGCUGGAGAAACUGAUUCCUGCUCCAAACCUUAAGCAGACUGCAUCUUGGCUCAGCCUUGCCCCUGCUCUCUUAGAGGAGUGUGUGCAGUCUGUGGCUCACCCUGAGCCAUUACAGGCACUCCUCCAUCACCAUAAAAAUGGACAUCACUUAGACACCAAUGCUCUAAUGUCCAAUGGUGGUGACUACAUCCUCUCUUCACUGUCUUUCCCUUCCUCUGUGAAGGAAGAAAUUGCCUCUUGCCAAGCAGGCCCAGAGAGACAGUCCUAUCCCACCAUAAAGGGAUAUCAAACCCCUUUCCCAUCUGAUGAACCAGAGAUGAGCUGGGACUGCAGAAUGGCAGAUCGUAAGGUCUGGACUGUAAAGCCACCAGCCCGUUCUGCUUCUGUGGAGGUCGCGGUCAAGACUAUAGAGGACGCCACUGAGAUAGCCGUUAAACGCAAGACAAUCAACAAAGAGUUGAUAAAAGAAACCAGGAGAGAAAAAGCUGUUCUCUGCCCUCAGACUCGCAGUGGGCUGAAAACCAGCCGCUUGACUGCUUCCUGUCUGCGCCGUCAUCCCGUACUGCGGUUGAACAGGCUUGACAUACGCAAUAUGUCAUUACCCAAGUCCUUGCUAACACUGAUUCUAAGGAGAGGGAGACUGCAGGCUGAGACAAGACGCCCAGGACCGAAAGGAAUUGACAGAAAAAAGAAACGGAGAAGAGGUCGUGGUAUUACAAAAGAAAAGAUUAAAUCACACACACUUGAUAUAAGCGAUAUGCCGCUACCCAAGUCCCAGCUAACACUGACCCUAAAGAGAGGGGUACUGCUGGAUGAUCCGACGAGUUCCCAAGUACAGAAAAAAAGAGGUAGAAAAAAAGGAGAGAAAAUAGGACCUGGUAUCACAAGAUUAAAGAUUGAGAAGAUUGGAGCACACACGCUUGACAUAAGCGAUGUGCCAUUACCCAAUCCCUCUCUAAAACUGGUCAUAAGGAGAGGGAAACUGCAGGCUGAAGCAACAGGUUCUCAAGGGAAAAAAACAAGGGGCAGAAAGAAAAAAUGGAGAAGACGAUGUGGUGUCAAAAAUGAGGGUGUGAAAAGAGAGCGGUCACCUGAAACUGAGGAAGAAGCUGAACCAUCAGAUUAUGAACUUUGGACCAGCGUUAAUAAAGGGGUCACGCUCAAUGAAAGGGCCCCUGUCGAUGAAUCUGGUGGAGUCCAUGCUUCUCAUUUCCCAUCAUCUCAUAAGAGGGAGGAGGAACAGCCCAUACAGACCUUUCACACAGAGGAGCACAGUGGUCAUAUGGCCGAAGGGCAGAACAGAGUAGAAGUCUCAGAGAUUGUACCUCAGGACUCACUAACUCCUGAGCCAUCCAACACCGCUCACAGAAUUCAUUCAGAGGAGCACAGUGGUCAGAUGGCCGAAGGGCAGAACAGGGAAGAACUCUCAGAGAUUGUUCUUCAGGACUCACUAACUCCUGAGCCAUCCAACACCUCUCACAGAAUUCAUUCAGAGGAGCACAGUGGUCAGAUGGCCCAAGGGCAGAACAGGGAAGAACCUCCAGAGAUGGUAUCUGAGGAUUUUCUAACUCCUGAGCCAUCCAACACCUCUCACAGAAUACAUUCAGAGGAGCACAGUGGUCAGAUGGCCAAAGGGCAGAACAGGGAAGAACCCUCUGAGAUUGUACCUCAGGACUCACCAAGUCCUGAGCCAUCCAACACCUCUCACAAAAUUCAUUCAGAGGAGCACAGUGGUCAUAUGUUCGAAGGGCAGAACAGAGACAAACUGCCAGAGAUGGUUCCUCAGGACUUAAGAACUCCCGAGCCAUCCAACACCUCUCACAAAGUUCACCCCGAGGAGCACAGUGGUCGUAUGUUCGAAGAGCAGAACAGAGACGAACUUCCAGAGAUGGUACCUCAGGACUCACUAACUCCUGAGCCAUCCAACACCGCUCACACAAUUCAUUCAGAGGAGCACAGUGGUCAGAUGGCUGAAGGGCAGGAGAGAGAACUCCCAGAGGUGGUACCUCAGGACUCACCAAGUCCUGAGCCAUCCAACACCGCUCACACAAUUCAUUCAGAGGAGCACAGUGGUCAGAUGGCUGAAGGGCAGGAGAGAGAAGAAGUCUCUGAGAUUGUACCUCAGGACUCAUUAAGUCCGGAACCAUUCAACACCUCUCACAAAAGCUUUCACUUACAGGAGCAUAGUGGUCAUAUGACCGAAGGGCAGAACGUAGAAAAACCUUUAGAGAGUGUACCUAAGGACUUACUAACUGAGAUUGUACUUCAGCACUCGUUAACUCCUGAGCCAUCCAACAGCUUGCACAAAAGAAGCCAGCGCGUCAAGGCAUGCUCUUUCUGUGGCAAGACUUUCACUGACACACUGGGCUUGACAAGACACAUGCGAUCUCACAUUGAGCAGAGGUCACACCAAUGCACCCAAUGUGGGCAAGACUAUGAUUCCAGUGAGGACUUAGAGGAGCACCAGAAGAGAAGCUGUGAGGAGAAGAUAAAAAAAGACAUUGGUGAGGACAAUGGUGGGGAAACGGUCCAGAAAAAAACGCAUCUGAAAAGAGACAAAAAACCUGAUCUGAAAGCAGACAAAAAAUCUGAUCUGAAAGCAGACAAAAAACCUGAUCUGAAAGCAGACAAAAAACCUGAUCUGAAAGCAGACAAAAAACCUGAUCUGAAAGCAGACAAAAAAUCUGAUCUGAAAGGACACACAAAAGAUCGCUCCAUAAUGUGCCAUGUGUGCGGGAAAGUAACUACUCGUAUGUUGGGUUUGCGAAGACACCUUCUACUUCACUUCAACAAUGGAGCAUACAAAUGCCCUGUAUGUCCAACGACUUUUAUAACAAAUGCUGAUUUGAGAUCGCACCUGAGAUUGAAAAGAUCUUGUAGGGAAAAAUGUUCUGAUGAAGUAAUUAAUACCAAGGUCCAUCUCCAAUCCAACCCUGGUGAGUACAAGUGUCCUUACUGUGGGGACACUUUCCAGCUACCACGGGAUCUGAAAGGACACACAAAAGACUGUUCCAGAAAGUGCCAUGUGUGUGGGAAAACAACUUUGAAGCCAUGCGGCAUGCGAAGGCACAUGUUAAAACACAACAACAAUGGCCCCUACAAGUGUCCGGUGUGUCCAAUUACUUUUAUAUCCCGUACUGAUUUGAAGAUGCACCUGAAAAAAAAUAAGCAAUGUAGAGAGAAAUGUUCUGAUGUCAUGGUGAAGGAAUUGCUGUCAUCAGUAGAUGGUAGAUGUAGGAAAACUGAAACAGGAGUCAUGACAAGCUGCCAACAACCAAGCUCCAGCAAGACAGGUGGGCCUUCAAAGAAUAUUGAACAGUUCUUUGAACAGUUCUCUUAUGACUUUCAGCAAUCCAAUAACAGCGCGAGUAGUGAUGUGAAGCUGAAUAGCCUCAAUGAAAACUACAGUAAAUACCAACCCAUGAAGGAUGUUGACUUGUAUAGCCUCCGUGAAGCCUCCGUGGUGACCACUGAAGACUACAGUGAUGAGAUCAGUCAAUACCAACCCAUGAAGGACAAAAAGUCUGUGGAUGAUUCAUUGGAAAAUGAGAUGCCCAAUGACAAAGAACCAAACUCAACCAUUGGCUUAACAGGGAAGCAGGUGUUCCAGACUGACCCAAAGCCUCUCCAGGAUUCUCAACCAGAGAGCGGGAAACUGCAGGCUGAGGCCACGGGUUCCCACGGACAGAAAAGAAGAGGCAGAAAGAGAAAACAGAAAAGAGGACGUGGUGUCAAAAAUGAGAAGAGCGAAGCAAAGGGUGUGAAAAGAGAGCGGUCACCUGAAACUGAGGAAGAUGCCGAACCAUCAGAUAAUAAACUUUGGACCACUGUCAUUAAAAGGACCACUGUCUGUGAUUCUGGUGGUAUCUCAGAGAGUGUACCUCAGGACUCACUAACUCCUGAGCCAUCUAACACCUCUCACAAAAGAAGUCAACGAGUCAAAGCAUGCUCUUUCUGUCGCAAGACUUUCACUGAAACACUGGGCUUGACAAGACACAUGCGAUCUCACAUUGAACAGAGGUCACACCAAUGCACCCUGUGUGGGCAAGACUUUGAAUUCAGUGAGGACUUAGAGGAACACCAGAAGAGUAGCUGUGAGGAGAAGAAGAGUGGUGAUGACUACUGUGGGGGAACUGUCCAGAAAAAAAAAUAUCAGAAAAAAAACCCUGAUCUGAAAAGAGACAAAAAGCCUGAUCUGAAAGGAGACAAGAAAACUCAUCUGAAUAGAGCCAAAAAGAAAUAUCGGAAAAGAGAGAAAAAAUCUGAUCUGAAAGGACACACAAAAGAGGGCACCAUAAUGUGCCAUGUGUGCGGGAAAGUAACUACUCGUAUUGUAAGUUUGCAAAGGCACCUUCUACUUCACUUCAACAAUGGCGCAUACAAGUGCCCUGUGUGUCCAAAGACUUUUAUAUUAAAUUGUGAUUUGAGAUCACACCUGAGAUUGAAAAGAUGUUCUGAUAAAGUAAUUACAACCAGGCUCCACCUCAAAUCCAACCCUGGGGAUUACAAGUGUCCUUACUGUGGGGACACUUUCCAGCUACCACGUGAUCUGAAAGGACACACAAAAGACUGUUCCAGAAAGUGCCAUGUGUGUGGGAAAAUAAGUUCUCGAAAACUGGAAAUGCGAAGGCACAUGUUAAAACACAACAACAAUGGCCCCAUCAAGUGCCCGGUGUGUCCAAUGACUUUUGUAUUCCAUACUGAUUUGAAGAAGCACCUGAAAACAAAAAAACUAUGUAGGGAGAAAUGUUCUCAUGUCAAGGUGAAGAACAAUGCUGAUUUGAAAUUGCCCCAAAGAUUGAAAAGGUCUUAUAGGAAGACAUUUUCUGAUGAUGUAAUUACAACCAAGAUCCACUUCAAAUCCAACCCUGGGGAUUACAAGUGUCCCUACUGUGGGGACACUUUCCAGCUACCACGUGAUCUGAAAGGACACACAAAAGACUGUUCCAGAAAGUGCAAUGUGUGUGGGAAAACAACUUCAACGGCACGCGGCAUGCGAAGGCACAUGUUAAGACACAACAACAAUGGCCCCUACAAGUGCCCGGUGUGUCCAAUGACUUUUAUAUACCAUCCUGAUUUGAAGAAGCACCUGAAACUGAAAAAACAUUGUAGAGCGAAAUGUUCUGAUGUGAUGAUGAAAGAAAUACUGUCUUCAGGAGGCGGUAGAUGUUGGAAAAUGUUCAAUGAAACAGCAGUCAUGACAAACCGCCAACAACCAAGCUCCAGCAACACAGCUGGGCCUUGGAAGAUUGAAGAGCUCGCUCAUGACUCGCAGCAAUCCGAUAACGGCAUGAGUAGUGAUAUGAACUUUAAUAGCCUUGAAGAAGACCACAGUGACAACAUCAGUCAAUACCAACCCAUUAAGGAUGUUGACCUGAAUAGCCUCUAUGAAGACUACUGUCAGGAGAUCAGUCAAUACCAACCCAUUAAGGACGUUGCCCAAUCCAACCCUGGUGAGUACAAUUGUCCUUACUGUUUGGACACUUUCCAGCUCCCAGAUGAUCUGAAAAGCCACACAAAAGACUGUUCCAGAAAGUGCCAUGUGUGUGGGAAAAUAUCCUCAAAGGCAUGUGACAUGCGAAGGCACAUGUUAAAACACUUCAACAAUGGCCCCAUCAAGUGCCCGGUGUGUCCAAAGACGUUUAUAUUCCAUACCGAUUUGAAAACACACCUGAAAACAAAAAAACUUUGUAGGGAGAAAUGUUCUGAUGUGAUGGCAAAUGAAUUACUGUCUUCAGUAGAUGGUAGAUGUAGGAAAAAUGUUAAUGAAACAGGAGUCAUGACAAGUUGCGAUCAACCAAGCUCCAGCAACACAGGUGGGCCUUCGAAGAGCGGGCCUGUGUUGGGUUUGAAGAGCUUUGAAGAGUUCUUUGAAGAGCUCUCUAAUGACUCCGAUAUCAGUAUGAAUAGUGACGUGAACCUGAAUAGCCUCGAUGAAGACUACAGUCAGGAAAUCAGUCAAUACCAACCCAUUAAGGAUGUUGACCUGAAUAGCCUCGAUGAAGACUACAGUCAAGAGAUCAGUCAAUACCAACCCAUUAAGGAUGUUGACCUGAAUAGCCUCUAUGAAGACUACAGUCAGGAGAUCAGUCAAUACCAACCAAUUAAGGACGUUGACCAAUCCAGCCCUGCUGAGUACAAUUGUCCUUACUGUAGGAAGACUUUCCAGCUCCGACAUGAUCUGAAAGAACACAAAAAAGACUGUUCCAGGAAGUGCCAUGUGUGUGGGAAAGCAACUUCGACGCCAUGCGGCAUGCGAAGGCACAUGUUAAAACACUACAAUGGCCACAUCAAGUGCCCGGUGUGUCCAGCGACUUUUGUGUACCAUACUGAUUUGAAGAAGCACCUGAAAACAAAAAAACUAUGUAGGGAGAAAUGUUCUGGGGUGAUGGCGAAGGAAUUACUGUCUUCAGUAGAUGAUAGAUGUAAGAAAAAUGUCAAUGAAACAGAAGUCAUGGCAAGUUGCGAACAACCAAGCUCCAGCAACACAGGCGGGCCUUCAAAUGGCAUUGAAGAGUUUUCAUAUGAUUUUCAGCAAUCCGAUAACAGCAUAAGUAGUGAUGUGAACCUGAAUAGCCUCCAUGAAGACAACAGUCAGGAGAUCAGUCAAUGCCAAGCCAUUAAGGACAUUGACCUAUCCAACCCUGGUGAGUACAAGUGUCUUUACUGUGGGGACAUUUUCCAGCUCCCAGAUGAUCUGAAAGGACACACAAAAGACUGUUCCAGAAAGUGCCAUGUGUGUGGGAAAAUAUCCUCAAAGGCAUGUGACAUGCGAAGGCACAUGUUAAAACAUGACAACAAUGGCCCCAUCAAGUGCCUGGUGUGUCCAAAGACAUUUAUAUUUCACACUGAUUUGAAAACACACCUGAAAACAAAAAAACUUUGUAGGGAAAAAUGUUCUGAUGUGAUGGCGAAGGAAUUACUGUCUUCGGUAGAUGGUAGAUGUAGGAAAAAUGUGAAUGAAACAGGAAUCAUGACAAGGCUCCAAGAACCAAGCUCCAGCAACAUAGGCGGGCCUUCGAAGAGCGGGCCUGUGUUGGGUUUGAAGAGCUUUGAAGAGUUCUUUGAAGAGCUUUCUAAUGACUCUGAUAUCAGCAUGAGUAGUGAUGUGAAUCUGAAUAGCCUCCAUGAAAACUACAGUCAGGAGAUCAGUCAAUACCAACCCAUGAAGGAUGUUGACUUGAGUAUCCUCCAUGAAGACUACAGUCAGGAGAUCAGUCAAUACCACCCUAUGAAGGAUACUGACUCGAAUAGCCUACAUGAAGACUUCAGUCAGGAGAUCAGUCACUACCAACCCAUGAAGGAUGUUGACCUGAAUAGCCUCCAUGAAGUCUAUAGUGAUGAUAUCAGUCAAUACCAACCUGUUAAGGACAUUGACCCACAGGGGGACAGAAGGUCUGUAAAUGAUUCAGGGGUAAAUGAGAUGCCCAAUGACAAAGAACCAAACUCAACCAACGGCCCAGGGCCUCUCCAGGACUCAAUCUGAGCCAAACAGAGAAGCUAAGAACGAGAUACAGGUGAUACCGGUGUCAACAAUACAUACAACAAAACUAAAAGCCCUGCAAUUUAAGGUUAUAAGAAAAUGAUGAACAGCAACAACUUCCUUAUAUGUAUUUGUUUUUUUUUGUAGCUAUUGUUAUGGAUUAGGUUAGGUAUUUAGAGAUGAUAGAGAGAUUCCCACUAGUAAUUACCAGUUGGAGGGGCAUUCAAGUGGAUCUUUCCCAGUUGUAUGUAGGGAUUUGCGAAUUUGCGAGAUGUUUGAACGCAGCAUAACCCGAGUGAAAAGUCAGUUGUCUCUUAGGUGGCGGAGUCUCUCGAUAGUUGUGAGGUAUCCCCGGUUUGUGAAGCUACUCAUGUUCAUAAGAGUGCUGAUGGCAAACCGGAUGGGGAGAAGGAUGAUUUAUGUGGGGGCAUAGAGGAAACAUUCUUUGCCAAACUAGACGGUGGUUUCCAGGUAAUGGUUCAUCAUAGUGAGAAAGUUUAUUCUUGUGUGUAUCUCGGUUAGAACUUCUGGGCAGAGAUAUACAGUGCCGUGAAAAAGUAUUUGUCCCCUUUCUAAUGUUCUCUGCUUUUGCAUUAUUGUUAUACUUCACCCAAAAUAUAAUAUUAGAUAAAGGGAACCUGAGUGAACAAAUAACACAAUUACAUACUUAUUUCAUUAACAAAGUUAUGCAACACCCAUUUCCCCUGUGUGAAAAAGUAAUUUCCCCCUUACACUCGAUAACAGUCUAUGCCACCUUUAGCUGCGAUGACUCCAACCAAAUGCUUCCUGUAGUUGUUGAUCAGUCUCAUGUGGCUGUGGAGGAGUUUUUGCGAACUCUUCCAUGCAGAACUGCUGUAACUCAGCGACAUUUUGGGGUUUUCAAGCAUGAAUUGCUCAUUUCAGGUCCUGCCACAACAUUUCAAAUAGGAUUAGGUCGGGACUUUGACUAGGCUAUUCCAAAACUUUAAAUGUGUUGCUUUUUUAGCCAUUUUCAUGUAGAUUGUGUGUUUUGGAUCAUUGUCUUGCUCCAUCACCCAGCUGCGCUUCAGCUUCAGCUCAUAGACGAAAGGCCUGACAUUCUCUUGAAGAAUUCUUGGUUCCUUCUAUUAAGGGAAGUUGUCAAGGUCCUGAGGCAGCAAAGCAUCCCCAAACCAUCACACUACCACCACCAUGCUUGUCUGUUCGUGUGAGGUUCUUACUGUGGGAAUGCAGUGUUUUGGUUUAUGCCAGGCAUAAUGGGACCCAUGCCAUCCAAAAAGUUACCAUUUUAAAUGAUCUGUCCAUAGAACAUUCUUCCAAGAGUUGAUGAUCAUCAAGGUGCUUUUUGACAAACUUGAGUGAACUUUUUGGACGACAUGGAUCCCAUAAUGCCUGGUGAUAACCAAACACUGCAUUCCAAAGUAAGAACCUCAAACCCAACGGUCAAGCAUGGUGCAGCUAGACAAUGAUCCAAAACACACUAUCAAGUCUACAUGAAAAUGUCUAAAAAGCAACAUAUUUGAAGUUUUUAAAUGGUCUAGUCAAAGUCCAAACCUAAUCCCAAAUGAGAUAUUGUGGCAGGACUUGAAAUGAGCAGUUCAUUCUUGAAAAGCCACAAAUGUUGCUAAGUUAAAGCAUUUCUGCAUGCAAGAGUGGGCCAUAAUUCCUCCACAGCGAUGUGAAAGACUGCUCAACAACUACAGGAAACAUUUGGUUGCAGUCAUUGCAGCUAAAGUUGGCACAACCUGUUAUUGAGUGUAAGGGGGCAAUUACUUUUUCACACAGGGGAAUUGGGUGUUCCAUAACUGUUAAUACAUUAUUAUAUUUAAAUAAAAAUGUUUACCUUAGGUUUCCUUUAAUAUUAGGUUUUGGUUGAAGAUCUAACAUUCAGUAUAAAAAAUAUGCAAAAAUCGAGAAAAUCAGAAAGGUGGCAAAUACUUUUUCACAGCACUGUAUUUGAGGAAGUGUGUCAUCUGCACAGGAUGAGGUUGAUUCAUGUUUCAAUUUAUGGGAGACGUUCUUUGUUAUGUUGAGUGACACUGAGCAACUAGGUUCUCUUGGUGGUCUGAGAAAGCAUUUGGUUCCCCGAGUGAUCUGUUGGAUUCAGAGUUUGUCAGUGAUGAUUUUGUUCCUUUAGCUGACAUAUUCUGUGAGGUUAGUGAGGAUCCGCUGGAAGACCCGGUCUGGGUAUUGCGGGAUGACACGGCUGUGUCUUGUUACAAGAAUAGGGUGCUUGAAGAAUUGGGUUUGGAAAAGCCAGAUCCACUACAGAGUGAGUUUUGUGAAGUUAAGUGUGAGGAGAUGAAGAUGUUGGUCAAUGUUCACUUGUCCCUGUUGGUGGUUGCUCCAGGUUUCUAAUCACUGGACACCUCUCAGAUGGAGCUUGGUGCGUGUGACCAUGGGCGCUGUGAAUGGAGUUGGUCUCUCAGGGGGCGGAGUCUCUCAAGGAGAGUUUUGAGGUAUCCCCAGUUUGUUAAGAUGCUCAUGUUCAGAAGAUGGCAAACCAGAUGGGGAGAAGGAUGAUUUGUGUGAGGACUCUGUGUCUCUGUUCCUCUCCCUCAAGUUUGAGUUUUGCAGGUUCAGGCAAAAAUUAAACAGUUUAGCGUAGACAACGUUUUCUGCGCUAAACUAUGUUUAAUUUUUGCCUUUUAAACACGACAACUUCCUAUGUCCCACAGUUUGUGCUUCUCAGAUUUAUUUCUAAAAAUCUGUGCUUUGAGCUCACACAAAAAACGAACUAAAUUGAAUUAAAAUAAUUGAAAGCUAAAUUAAACCGAAAUGUAGGCUAAUCGCUCAGCACUAGUGUACAUAUUGGUCUCUUUAGUUAAGGAAGUUUUAUGGGGGGGGGGGGGGGGGGUGUAUUACAAGUUUUGAAAAAUUCAGGAAAAUAGUUUGUGGUGACUGUGAGGUUUUUUCUUGUUGGGGGGAGAAGUUAUAGAAUAGGUUUGGUAGUUAAGUAUGUAGGCUUAGGACCCCUAGACAUAACGAGUCAGUAGGCGAGUAAAUUGGUUUCAUAACCAUGUGUAGGAAUAGGAACUCAAAAGUGUAGAAAUAUGGCGGUAGUUCUCCUGAACCUGGGCCCCUAUUCUCAGUGUUUUUGCCUUUCAGAUAAUAAUAAAUAAGAGGAGUAGCUGAUCCUAGAUCAGCAUUCAUACUCUGAAAAUCUUUAGAACCUUUAUAAUCUAGGACCCAGACUGAAAGGCAAAUGGAGCACCAACAUGUACACAACACUUGGCACUGAAGUCAACUGUACUGACAGACAGAGCUUGUGACACAGUGGGAAACGGUUCACAUAAGAUCUUGGUGAGGAUGACUUCACCACAUGGUGACUACUAGUUCUAGCCUGUAAGUUUCUCAUCCACUACACUCACCCCCUAGUAGUCUGUGAUCUGGGUUACGGCACCAUUGUAACAGUGAGUUCUGUCCCCAUCUGGGACACAAACUCUGGGGGUUGCCUCUGGACCGGGCUAAGAGACAUUCCUUUUUAUUAUUCUUUACAAAAAUGUGACAAACUAUAUAUCUUCUUUCCCCUUUCUCUCCCUCUCUUUAUCCACUUUUUUAACACUUCUAUAACACUUAACUAUCAUGUAAUGUCACUGUAUACUGUAAGUCACUUUGGAUAAAAGCUAUGGGUUGCCUAUCGGCCGAGCUGAAGUGACUUUUUUGUGUGCAUGUUUUUCUUUUUACUUAAUGUCAAAAUGUGGUAACUGUAUAUUCUUUCUUCCUCUCUCUAUAUAUCAUUAAUUACCCACUUUUAUAACAUUUUUAUAAUGCUUAAAUGUCAUGUCACUGUAUACUGUAAGUCACUUUGGAUAAAAGCAUCUACGACGCUUAGUAUUUACAUGUUUAUCCAUCCGUUUUUUAAAGUUGACAUUGGUGUGAUACAUUUCAAUAUAUUAAAGAAGACAAAUUAAAAGGCA